AUGGCGACGACGGAGGGGCUUGUGCCCAUUACGCGGACCUACCUCGCGCGCUACUACGACAUGUACCCGCUGCCCCCGCUGCCCGACGCCACCACGGACCUCGCCGCCCGGCUUCGCGCCCUCUCCGCCGACCUCGCCGCCGUUGCUCCCAUCGCCCCAGAUGAGGAACUCUUAGAACAAGAAGCGGCUGGCAUACCUGCCCACAAAAUCGAUGAGAAUUUGUGGAAGAACCGAGAACAAAUAGAAGAAAUUCUGUUCUUGAUCAAUACAUCCCGUCGUCCUGUGGCACUUCAACAGAAGUCCACCCCAGAAGAUGCUGAGAUAGUUUGUACACUUGAUGAUAUAGAAGCUAAAUUGAAGGAUAUGCUGAAGAAGUUAGAACAAUUUCAGUUGCAAAAUGCUGACAAUGUUUUCAAUACAGUUAUGACAUACAUGCCCCAAGAUUUUCGGGGUACUCUAAUCAGGCAACAGCGAGAACGCUCAGAGAGAAAUAAACAAGCAGAGGUAGAUGCUCUGGUUAGUGCUGGUGGAAGCAUUCAUGAUCGAUAUGCAUUGUUAUGGAAACAGCAAAUGGAAAGGAGGGUGCAGUUAGCACAGCUUGGUUCUGCAACAGGUGUAUAUAAGACUCUUGUUAGGUAUUUGGUUGGUGUUCCACAGGUUUUAUUGGAUUUUAUUCGACAAAUAAAUGAUGAUAAUGGACCUAUGGAAGAACAAAGAGAACGUUAUGGUCCAGCCCUUUACACCCUUACAAAACUGGUGCUUGCAAUUCGGUUGUAUCUGCAUGUCUCUUUGGCACGAUAUGGACACAGGAAAAUAGAGAAGGAUGACAUUGCUGUGUUGCAGCAAGCUGUGGUUAUCUACACCAAGGAGUUUUUGAAGUUCACUGAAUUCAUUGGUGAGGUCUUUGUGAAUGCGCCAUUCUUUAUAUCAGCUGAGGAUGCAGGUGCCAUGGAUGCAAGGAAAAGUGAUGCGUACAAAGAAACUAUUAUUCCAGCUAGAAAGACACAUGAGGUCAUUUUGAGUGUUGAAGCUCUAAACUCAUACAUUGCAUGGGACUUCUCCUUGCAACAAGGGGCCCUCAACAUGGUAUUGGACAUUGGCUUUCAUGUGGAGCACAUUAGCCCUUCAGGGGAGAAAACUUUAAUUCUUCCAUACCGACGGUAUGAAGCCGACCAAGGUAAUUUUUGCACUGUUUCAUUGGGAUCAUACAAACUUGUAUGGGACAACUCAUAUUCUUCAUUCUUCAAAAAGAUCCUACGGUACAAGGUGGAUGCUGUGCCACCGGUUGUUGAGCCGGCCUUGCCAGCCAUGGAGCUCUGA